GUCAAAGUUUGGUUACGAUCUGUCUUAAAUCUAAUUUGGCCUGAUACAUAUUUUUUUGAGAAACUCAAAAGAUUUCCUCGUAUGGAAAGGAGUUUAUUGUGUACAAAGUUAUGUAUUGCCGAUCUUCAUAAAGACACUGGUGAAGAAGAGCAUCCGGUAGCAUGA